AUGCGCGUUCCAUUUGGCUCCAGACUCUUCCGCACCACAAUGUCAGGCGAAAAGAUCCUCGAAGGCUGCUUCGCCAUUCACAAGCCGCAAGGCGUCACAUCCGCCGACGUUCUUCGCAAAUGCCAAGAGCACUUCAACCCCUCCAAGGUCUUCGCCCCCUGGCUCCAAAAUGAGCGCGACCGCCGCGAACGCGAAAACCAGUUCCAGCAAAACCGCCGCCGCCAAAAGAAAAUCGAAGUAAAGAUCGGACACGGCGGUACCCUCGAUCCCCUCGCAACAGGAAUUCUAAUUGCCGGCGUCGGAAAGGGCACAAAGUCCCUCAGCAGCUUCCUAGAAUGCACAAAGUCCUACGAGACCAUUGUGCUGUUCGGCGCGGAGACGGAUACCUAUGAUCGCAUGGGCAAGAUCGUGCGCCGGGCUCCAUACGAGCAUGUUACACGGGAGAAGGUUGAGGAAGCGCUUAAGCAGUUCCGCGGCAAGAUCAUGCAGAAGCCGCCCAUUUUUUCUGCGUUGAGAAUUAAUGGAAAGAGGCUUUAUGAGUAUGCGCGUGAGGGAAAACUUCCGCCUGUUGAGAUCAAGACUAGGCCUGUUGAGGCUUUGGAGCUGGAGAUUGUGGAGUGGUAUGAGCCUGGGACACAUGAGCACCAGUGGCCCACGGAGAAGAUGGUCGGGGAUGAGAAGAAGGUUGCGGAGCAGUUGCUUGAUCAGCAGGCUGGUGCUCCUCCUAAGGUGGAGGAGGCUGUGCCUUCUAAGCGCAGUGCUGCCGAUACGGCUGAAGCUGAGCAUGAUGCCGAUAAGAAGCAGAAGGUUGGUGAGAGUGGUGAGGCUCAAGCGGUUGCUGCGCCUGCUGCUUCGGAGACUGCUGCUGAUGCUCCGACUGAGGAGAAGACCGCUGCUACAGAAUAUCUGUCGGACUCAGAUGCUGAGGGCGCGGAUGGUUCGACUAAAAAGCAGCGGCCUCAGGCGCCUGCUGUCAAGAUUCGGAUGACUGUUACUUCUGGAUUCUAUGUUCGUUCUUUGGCGCAUGAUUUGGGCAAUGCUGUUGGCAGCUGUGCACUCAUGAGUGAGCUUAUCCGGACGCGCCAGGGUGACUUUGAGCUCGUCCCUGAAAAGGUUCUCCAGUAUGAGGAUCUUGCUGAGGGUGAGGAGGUCUGGGGCCCGAAGGUUGAGGGAUUCCUCGGCGCUUGGGAGGAUAAGAUGGCUGCCAAGGCAGCGGAGGCAGAGGCGGCCAAGGAGCAAAAUUAG